AUGGCGAUGCCGGGCACCCCGCAGCAGAAUGGUCCGGCGGAGAGUGCGAUCUGGCGCGUGAACAAGGCCCUCUUCACCCGCGUCCCCGGCUUCGGACGCGAUGGCGAGCGACUUUGGCUAGAGUCGUGUCACUGGGCUGCUGGUGGCUUCAACCGUUCUCCGACCAAGGCAAACGUCGGGUACAAGUCGCCGCACGAGCUCUUCACCGGCCGCCCGCCCCCGCUGCAGAUCGUCCCGUUCUUACAGCCGGGGUACAUGCGUGUGAUGCGCGCGCGGAAGAUGGAUCCCCAGGUAAUGCUGUGCUGCUACCUCAACAACGGCGACAACCAUCACGAGUCGGUGGUCAAGGUCCUCAAGUUUGCGACGGGGCGCGUGUGCAUGACGAACAACGUCGUGUGGGUCUCCGACCGCGCGCCGUUGCUGACCCCGCCGCUGGAGAAUGUCGCCGCCGCACCGUUUCUAAUUGAGUACAUUUCACCGCCUCUUAUGCCCCCCUCACCGUUCGCCCGAUAUCCCACUGCACCCGCUGCCAUAUCCUCACAGGCGCCGCCGGCCACUUCCACACCACCAUCGCCGGCGGCGCCGUCUACUGCAGCCACACCAUCGCCAACGGUCACCGCGCCGCCUGCAACGCCACCUGCAACGCCACAUUUCACCACCACCGCGCCGCCUGCAACGUCGUUCGCCGUCGUGCGACCGCCUCCCGCCGUCGCGCCGCCUGGUGCCGCGCCAUCGACCAACAUGCUGCCGCUCACUACAAGGACCAUCUGUGAACUGGACGUGGGGCGCGGGGACAUGAGGGUCUCUGGGCGCACGAGGGCAGUCGCUAUGGACCAAGGGGGGGGGCGGGCGUCGUCAAUGCCGCCCCUCUCUGCCAGGGCCAAUCGAGAGCUGGACUUGGGACGAGAGACGCGGGUGCCAGGGAGGUUGAGGGGUCGGCGGGUGCGUUUCCAGGAUGGGGGGGCCGAGCGGUCGACGUCACCUGGCGGGAGCGGCGACGCUCUCGCCCACCGCUUCGGUCUUGUUUCCCUGCAGGACAAGGCAACGCUCCUGUCGACUCUAACCACUCGCAGCAUCGUCGAUGGGGGGAGGAAGGAGAUCCCGAGUUCAGCCGGAGGACGUGAUGGAGCGGAGCCGGGGGGGCGAGAGCGGGAGGGCACGAAAACAGAAGGACUGCGUGAAGAAGUCCCAUUUGCGUGCGCCACCUUGCUUGCCUCCCGCGAGGACAUUGAUCGCGCGAUGAGGGAUUUAGAUCCCCCGGAAGUGGCACCGGACUUGCCACAACUAACUUCGGGACUCCGAAGACGCUCGUGUGGGGGAUGUAUUUCUUGGUUUUCGAGGACGCAGAAGUGCGUUACGUUGAGCAUGACAGAGGCAGAGUAUGUCUCCCUUGCGGAUGUGAUGAAGGAAGUGUUGUUCCUGAGGCAGGUAUGGCGUUUCAUGUUGCCAGAAGCAGGUAUGCCGUGUAUUCCGGUGCUCGAGGAUAACCAGGGGGCUAUUCAGUUGGCGCAGAACCCGAUAAGCAACGGUAACUCGAAGCACAUCGACGUUAGGCCCCACUUUAUCAGGGAACUGGUAGGCAGGAAGGAGAUUUCGAUUAUUCACGUGGAGUCAGCGUAUCAACAUGCUGACUUCCUCACGAAGGCACUUCACGUCGGAGAUUUUGAGUUUCAUCGUAAUUUCGUGAUGAGUGUGAGACAGGAACGGUAGAUUUGGAAAUAUUUGUGUUUGAUCAAAGAACUAGGGUGGCAUUGUAUUACAUUUUUGCCUAUGGUCUUCUCAAUGAAUGGUGCUCCAGGAUGGGGGGCAAUUGGAUCGCUAUGAUUAUCGAAGAACUACAACUUGGAAUGAUCAGGGAUGGAAAUAUAUUUCUAGCCCAGAAGGCUAUUGUUGCAUAUUUGAGUUGUGUUUUGGAUUAUUUUCUUGUGUUUUAGAGUUACUGAAAGAUCAUGAAGACAUGGCAUAGUCACAAGCAGGGGGGCUGAUAGA